CUUUGAUUUCCGGUUGAAUGAUCGAACUCGCAGUAAUUAAUGAACUCAAAAUGGAAGGAGAACAAACUUGUUGUUAGUAUCGCGAGAAUAAGGAUUACGAUAAUGAUGUUUCCAAAGAAAGAGUAAAGACACUUCCACACUUGACUGUUUCUCCCGCGGCACAAUCAAUAGAACUUCAAUCAUUAAUUCCUAACUCCUCAGGAAGGUUGCGAAAUCACAACGGCUUGAUGAGGCAGGCCUAAAUUUUUAGGCCAAACAACAUCAAAAUUGAUUUCGAAUUAUAGACACUUUUGAAAUAUUUGUAUAUUUUCAAGCACUUCUACUGGCCACGCAAAGGUAUGGGCCUGUUGAUGACAAAGUUAUGGUACUCGUUAUUUGGUAGCAAAGAACACAAAGUUAUCAUAGUUGGAUUGGAUAAUGUUGGAAAAACAACAAUUUUGUACCAGUUCCUUAUGAACGAAGUGGUCCAUACAUCACCAACAAUUGGAAGUAAUUUUGAGGAGGUGACAUGGAAAAAUAUACACUUUUUAAUGUGGGAUAUUGGAGGACAGGAGUCACUUAGGGCAUCAUGGCCAACAUAUUAUACAAAUACUGAAUUCCUAAUAUUUGUAAUAGAUAGCACAGACAGAGAGAGACUACAUAUAUCAAAAUCAGAAUUAUAUAAUAUGUUAUCUCAAGAGGAUUUGAAACAUGUAAAUGUUUUAGUUUUUGCAAAUAAACAGGACAUUAAGGGCUCAAUGCCAGUAUCGGAGUUGUCUGAGCAAUUAAACCUUACAUCAAUCAGAGACCAUCCCUGGCAUAUACAGGCUUGCUGUGCACUAUCUGGUGAAGGACUUUAUCAAGGACUUGAAUGGCUUGUAAGUCAGGCAAAUAGAUAAAAAAGAAAAUUCUUUAAAAUAGUAGUUCUCAAUACGUAGUCCCCUGUAUUAUCCAUUUCAAUUUUAAUUAAACAUAGAUUUCUAGCUUCCUUUGUGGAUUGAAACUUAAGCAAAGACGUUUUUUGCUAUUUCUCUAAUUUGUCUAUGUUUGUUUCGGUAUCAACAUCGUUUUUGCCUUGUAUGAAGACUUAGGCCUUUAGUUCGUCAUAGUGGCUAGAGCCAGUCGUACGUUCUAGAAUUCGUGUAAAUCUGACUCACCUUUAUUGUUAUGUUGUCAAUUUUUUUCUAAUCGUUCAUUGUUCUGAACUUUGAGAUUGAAAGAAUAAAAUGCUGCUAAAAUACCGCCAUCAUGUAAAGAAAUAAUUAACAGUGUCAAAAUGUUACAUGGUUUUUAGAACCAUGUUUCGUCGUUAAUAUAAUAUGUCUUCAUGUUGAUAAAUAAGUCUUGUGUAAUGUAUAUAACAACCCUAAAGUCGUCAACUGCCCUUGUCCAAGAUUUUUGAUUAUCCUUAAAUGCCUACUAGCCAUUAUUAUCAUUAUGUUUCAGUAUGUAUCAUUAUCUAACAGUUUUUGCAGUAAUUCCAUGUUUUUGAUAAUACUACAGCUCCUCCAAUAGAAGUGAUUCAAAACAUGGUGACUUGUGCGUUUCUAUUUUACGUUGACUCGUCGUAAAAGAUGGCUUUGUCCUAGCAGUUCUUACUGUGAUCCGCGCGCUUAUGUUGUCAAAUAACCUCUACGAUGAGAAUCGUUUUGUAAAUUUGAUAAACUGUAUCUAAUACGAUUAGCCAAACAAAAUGAAUUCUUAAUUUUUUAACAGGUAGAUAUGCGUCGUACUUAGUAUA